CAAAAAAUAAUCAUGUUAUCUUGAACGCUUGUCAUAUGGCGGGAAAUCAAAAUGGCCACAUAUUUGACAGUUACCGGCGGAUUAGAAGAUGUUAAGCUUCAUGCAGUGCCUUGUCACAUUCAUUACGAUGGAAAAGCUAAUAUAUCACAAUAUUUUGAAUCCAACUCACGAAAAUCUGUUGAAGCUAUGACAGCCUCUUUUCGAGGUAGACCAUUAAAAGGGGAGGUAAUUAAUGUGCCUCAUGGCUACACUGGUCUUGUUGUCAAGGAGACUAGGAAAGCAGUGACAGAAGACGAGGACCGCCAUUUAACAACCAUCAAUAAAUUCAAGGAAAUAAACUACUGGAACCUGGACAGAACACCAUGUGAAGAUGAUAAGAUGAAGCAAGCUCUGCACUGGUUAGAUCUUGCUAAGGUGCUUCAUCAGCCCCUGGAAGAUGAAAGUAGUCAGAAGAGCACUGUGGGAAAUUGAUAUUUGUCAAAUUUAUGUGCCACAAUGACUACAGGAUAGAGUAUUCUCCCUUGACUUUACAUGUGAUCAGAAUCAAUUACUAUAACAUAUUGAGGAAAGUACAAAACAUCUUUAUGGUUAUUACAAAUGUACAUGAUACAAGUACAUUUUACCGAGUACAGAUUCCAUUGACAGGCUUUAUACAUUAUCUACAAUACAUUUUAUUUAACACCUUAUUGGUGGAAUAUAGUAUGAUAUUUGUAGUAUUAAAUUUCUAAUUAAGAC